UGCAUCCAUUUGUGUGUAUUUAAGAUAUCUUGAAGAAUUAACAAACCUGGAGGUAAGCGAGGCACGGAGGAGCGGAGGGACUCGAAAAGGAAACAAACGUGAGGGGGAUUCGACAUCUUUAUUAUGAAAUACAAACGAACUUUUCCCGGACGAUGACAACGAUGGGUUAGACUGGAUUGAACGCGAUGAUGGCCAAAUAAAAGCAGUAGUGUGUAAAGAUGUCCGCUCCAGCCGGGCCCCGCAGCGGGCCUGUUCUGCCGGAGAUGCCGGACCUGAGCCACCUCACCGAGGACGAGAGGAAGAUCAUCCUCGGUGUCAUGGACAGGCAGAAGAAAGAGGAGGAAAAGGAGCAGUCCAUGUUGAAGAAAUUGCACCAGCAAUUUGAGAUGUACAAGGAGCAAGUGAAGAAGAUAGGAGAGGAAGCACCAACCACCCCGGAACAGAAGGGUGAAGCCCCCACCUGUGGAAUCUGCCAUAAAACUAAGUUUGCCGACGGCUGUGGCCACCUCUGUUCUUAUUGCCAAACAAAGUUCUGUGCACGCUGUGGUGGACGUGUUUCACUGCGCUCAAACAAGGUGAUGUGGGUAUGCAACCUGUGCCGAAAACAACAAGAAAUCCUCACCAAGUCUGGGGCCUGGUUCUACAGCGGCCCGGGGGGCACCAUGCCCUCGGGUGCGAGUGACCCUCGCCGUCGCCACGAAGAAGCUCCGCAGGAGAAGAAGGCCAAACUGCAGGAAGCCCCGCUUCUGUACCAGGGGCCACCAGGGGACAGCAGCAGAGCUCCAGGACUCCCGCGACAGGCAUCUCUUAACAACGACUCAGAUCUAAAAGCCAACAACCCUCUGAGCAACAGGAAAAGAAGCCCGUCAGCAACCAGGGAUCCAAACCAAAAAUACGACCAAAGGGAGGAGAAGGCGGGGCGUUCGCAGUAUGCACAAGGAGAGGGCGGCAUGCCACGAUCGCCGUCUGACUACGGGGCUGGAGAGCGGCAAUGGCGAGGAGGCUAUGGUCGCUCCUACGAGGAUGCAGAGGUAGCGCGAGAGGCAUACCGUGCUCGACGGGGUGGCUGGCACUCUCAGGAAGAGUACCCGCCAGAACCAGGCUUCCUACCUGAUGGCCCACCCCUCAGCGAGCACGAGCUUCAGCGCCAACGGCAGGAGGAGUACCAGAACCGUUACCGCAGCGACCCAAACCUUGCCCGCUACCCGGUCAAGCCACAACCAUACGAGGAACAGAUGCGCAUGCAUGCGGAAGUCUCGCGCUUCAGGCACGAACGGCGCCACAGCGACGUCUCCCUGGCUUACACGGAGCUGGAGGUGCCGCUAGCCCCCCUACACGGCCCCAACUAUUCGCCGGGCCACGGACAUACCCAACGGAGGUCCAACCACAGUCCCCCGGGUGUAGACUCCCUCCACAGGCAACAGCACCUAGAUCCCGUCUCAGCUGUGCGGAAGAGUAAAAGAGAAAAGAUAGAGAGCAUGUUACGGAACGACUCGCUUAGUUCCGACCAAUCAGAGUCGGUCAGACCGCCGCCGCCAAAACCUCACAAGACCAAGAGGGGCGGCAAAAUGAGGCAGGUGUCCCUGAGCAGCUCCGAGGAGGAACUGGCCACCACGCCCGAAUACACCAGUUGUGAGGAUGUGGAGAUCGAGAGUGAGUCCGUUAGUGAGAAAGGGGACAGUCAAAGGGGAAAAAGACAAACUUUUGAGCAGUCACACACCUUAUCUGAGGGCCAAAAGAAAAUGGUGCGCUUUGGGGGCCACUCUUUGGAAGAAGAUGCUGAGUGGUGUGAACCCCAGGUUAAAGACUCUGGGGUUGAUACGUGCAGUAGCACGACUCUAAAUGAGGAGCAUAGCCAUAGUGAGAAGCACCCGGUCACAUGGCAGCCCUCCAAAGAUGGAGAUCGACUCAUCGGCAGAAUUCUGCUCAACAAGACCAUGAAGGACAGCAGCGUUCCCCGUGACUCUGGAGCUCUUCUGGGACUGAAAGUGGUCGGGGGGAAAAUGACAAAGUCUGGCAGACUUUGUGCAUUCAUCACCAAAGUGAGGAAAGGCAGUUUAGCGGAUACAGUUGGACAUCUCAGACCAGGUGAUCAGGUCCUAGAGUGGAACGGCCGACAGUUACAAGGAGCCACGUUUAAAGAAGUUUACAAUAUCAUUUUAGAAUCAAAGCCAGAGCCUCAGGUUGAACUAGUGGUCUCACGACCCAUUGGAGAUAUCCCCAGGAUACCAGAAAGCACACACGCACAACUGGAGUCCAGUUCAAGUUCUUUCGAGUCACAAAAGAUGGAGCGGCCCUCUAUAUCCAUCACGUCUCCCAUGAGCCCCGGUGUGCUUCGGGACGCCCCUCAGUACUUAUCAGGACAGCUUACAAGCCAAAGCCUUAGUAGAAGAAUUGAGCCUUUUAACCCUAAAGUUCAGGUCAAACUCUGGUAUGACAAGGUCGGCCAUCAGCUCAUCGUCACCAUUCUCGGUGCGAAGGACCUGCGAUCAAGGGAGGAUGGCCGACCACGGAAUCCUUACGUGAAAAUCUACUUCCUCCCUGAUAGAAGUUUGAAUAAUUGUUUCUCCAGUGACAAAAGCAAAAGAAGAACAAAAACGGUAAAGAAAUCACUAGAGCCCAAAUGGAACCAGACGUUUAUGUAUUCUCCCGUACAUCGGCGAGAGUUCAGGGAACGCAUGCUGGAAAUCACGCUGUGGGAUCAGGCCCGGGUACGAGAGGAGGAGAGUGAGUUCUUGGGAGAGAUCCUCAUCGAGCUGGAAACAGCACUGCUGGACGAUGAGCCGCACUGGUACAAGCUGCAAACGCAUGAUGUCUCAUCGGUGCCCCUGCCCAAAAGCUCCCCCUGCCUUCAUAAACGAGCACUGCAUGGAGAAAGCCCCUCACGCAGACUGCAGAGGUCCCAGAGGAUCAGCGACAGCGAGUUCUCAGACUAUGACUGUGAGGAUGGCGUUGGCGUUGUGUCAGACUAUAGAAAUGGCAGGGACCUUCAGAGCUCCACCCUCUCUGUGCCCGAGCAGGUCUUGUCAUCCAAUCAUUGCUCUCGAUCAGCAGACAUCAACCGGGCACGGUCUCGAUCGCCCAGCAUGCCCCCUUCUCAGAGGAAUUACGGAGCACCAGACCGACACGAGUAUCACCACAGGUCCCGUUCGGCAGAUCAGCGUGCUGCAAUGGAGCGUCCCAUGUACAGUCGCUCCCGCUCUACAGAGCGGCCGCCCGACAGGCCCCACAUGAGAUCAUCGAUGCCCUCCUUGCCGUCUGGACACUCCGCGCCAUCGUCCCCUGCCUUAUCGAGGGCACAUCCCCGUGGUGGAUCAGCCCAGACCAGCCCCAACGGAACCCCAAUGAACUGCAGGAGAGGACGACAGCUACCACAACUGCCUCCAAAAGGGACACUCGAAAGAAGUGCUAUGGAUGUGGAGGAACGAACGCGGCAGAUGAAACUGAAGAUGAACAAGUAUAAACAGGGAACAGGCUCAGAUUCCAGACUGGAACAGGACUAUCCCCCGAAGCGCUCCGGCAAGGAUCCUCAGCGGGGAGAAAACCUCUCGGCCAAGUCUUCGGACAGUGAUGUCAGUGACGUGUCCGCUGUGUCGAGAACUAGUAGUGCAUCUCGAUUCAGCAGCAUGAGCUACAUCUCUGUCCAAUCAGAAAGGCCAAGAGGCAGCCACAAGAUCAGUGAAUUUACAUCCAAAAUGACAAACAGGCAAAUGGGAACGGCAGCCGGUGGCAACAUGACCAAGAGCACCAGCAUCGGCGGGGACAUGUGCAGUCUGGAAAAGACCGAUGGGAGCCAAUCAGACACUGCCGUGAGUCUAGUGGGUAUCGAUGACAAAAAACGGCGUUCCAGCAUCGGCGCAAAGAUGGCUGCGGUCGUGGGGUUGAGUCGAAAGAGUCGCAGCGCCUCCCAGCUCAGCCAGACAGAAGCUGGAGGAAAGAAGCUGCACAGCACGAUUCAGAGGAGCACAGAGACAGGUCUGGCAGUAGAGAUGCGAAGUCGAAUGACACGGCAGGCAAGCCGCGAAUCCACUGACGGCAGCAUGAACAGCUACAGCUCAGAGGGGAACCUCAUCUUCCCCGGUGUACGACUCUCUUCUGAGAGUCAGUUCAGCGAUUUCCUGGAUGGAAUUGGCCCCGCCCAGCUCGUUGGAAGACAGACGUUAGCCACACCCCCUAUGGGUGACAUUCAGAUCGGGAUGGUGGAGAAGAAAGGAGCACUGGAGGUAGAGGUCAUCCGAGCCAGAGGUCUUGUGGGAAAACCCGGUUCUAAGGCACUGCCAGCCCCUUAUGUGAAGGUGUAUUUAUUGGAGAAUGGUGCCUGCAUAGCUAAAAAGAAAACAAAAGUAGCACGAAAAACACUGGACCCAUUGUACCAGCAGCAGCUGCCAUUUGAAGAGGCUCCAGGAGGGAAGGUUUUACAGAUCAUUGUGUGGGGAGACUAUGGACGUAUGGACCACAAAUCCUUCAUGGGAGCCGCUCAGAUACUCUUAGAUGAUCUGGACUUGUCAAACAUGGUGAUUGGCUGGUUUAAGCUGUUCCCUCCCUCUUCACUGGUCGAUGCAACCUUGGCCCCCUUGACUAGAAGAACUUCCCAGUCGUCUCUCGACAGCGGUUCUGGACCAUUUGGUCGCUCGUAGCAGUUUUCUGAAAUAUAGCGUUAUUGUAGCAACCAUUGGGUGGAGUUUGAGAUUUGCAACAGGUCCCGUCUCCCCGGUAACACUGCAUGCUUGAUGUUGUGCGUUCAGAGCUUGUUUCUUAGGGGGUGAAAUAAGAGGUCCUGUUUUUGCUCGCAGAAAAAUGUCGCACACAUUGUGCACAAAGAGCACGCCCUAAGGCUAGAGGUGAGACAGGUGAAGAAAGCUGGAAAUGGGCUCCUUUAACUUGAAGAAAAUCAAAAUUCCUGCUUUUAGAACCUAUUUGAAGCCAUUGGAGAUGAAUUUGAACUGUGAGAACCAGUCAAAUUCCUCAGAAGCCCUUUUUGAAAUGGGGUAAAACGUUCUCUUCGACUUUUUGUUUUCCAUUUAAUUCAUGUUUCUUUUAAAUGUUGAUGUAUUUGUAUCUACAUGGGCUAACAGUGUUCUUUACCAGAUCCUGGGUCAAGCCAUGCCAACAGACUCAGAAAUGUACACAUUAAAACAAAAAUAUAACAUAGGAAAUGAGUUAGGAGCUCUGAUCAUUUAGCACCUCACUCCCCAGAUAAGAUUCUGCUAGAUCAAUGCAAUGUAGGUUUGAAUCAUCUUGAUGAACUUUUAAGAUCAAAUUGAAUUACUUCUCUUGAUACUGUCUGAAACCUAAACCUUUUUUGCAUGGACACAACUUUAGCUGAACUUAAAAUAAUAAAAUAAAUAGAAAAUAAAAAUAUUUUCUUGUGAUUGCAACUUGCAAAAAAAAAAAAAAAAAAAAAUGAUACAAGAAAAACUAACAGAAUAAGCCAUUUUCAACUAUUUAUAUUCUUUUUUUUUUUUUUUAAAGAUAAAUUUCACUAGUGCAUGGUUGUCGUGGGGAGUGAAUGCUACAGUGUGAUUUGAAAAACAAACCGUGUUUUUUUUUGUCCUGCAGACCAUUCUUUGGUCUCGCUACUGUAUUUUUACAGACAUGCAGAUAAAUGAAGAACUUAAGUUUAUUUACAGUGAAAAAUCUGUUAAUGUGACAAAGACAUAAAAAAAAAGAUAAAUGUCUAUGAUUUAUUAUUGUAAAGGCAUAUUAAGCCUUAUGAAGCUAAAGAUUAUGUGCAAAUUGUACAUGUUUCUCGACUUCUCCCUUGUCCCAGGGUAAACUCUGUACUUACUGCUUCCGUUGUCAGAUUUCUACCAAUAUCGUUCAGAUUCUUUGUUUUUUUAUUUAUUUUCAGGGCUGUUCAUUUCUUACAGGUCUGAUAGUUUUAGUCUGUAUAUUGUUCAUUUGUUUAACAAGCAUGUUGAAAAGGGUUUUUGGCAACAUGGCUUGGGCACAUCAGUAACUCAGUAGCAUGUUUUGAUAAAGACGAUAUUUGGAAAAAAAAAAAGAAAAGAAAAAUGCAGUUUCUUGUACAGUGCAUGUCAACGACGAUGCCCCGCCCCUUUGCCCUUUGAAUUGAAUUUUAGUGAAAAGUAGGCAGUGGUCACACAUGAACCAGAGGGGCAAAAUUCUGAAUGAACAUUCCACCUUGUAAAAUCAUACUUUGUUGAAGAUUUAAGGGAAAAUGUGACCAGGGAUUUUUAUAUCUUUACGGAAACAUGAGCUGCAGUAUUCCUGACAAAAGAGCCCAAAAUUUCACUAGAUCUUUUUACCGGUGACCACUGCAGCUCACAGACGUUUGCAGUAUUGUGCUGUGCAGUUUUCCGAGCAUGAUGCUGUUUGCAGAGAGACGCACAUGGGGAUGAUGAUAUUGCCACACAAUAUACCUUUCAGUUUUCAUUUCUUUGUUUUUUGAGAAAGAAGUCAUUUAAUAUAUUUUUGUUAGUUUAUUUACAAGCCAAGACCUAUUUAUUUUUUAUUUUCUAUUUUUAGUAAUAAUCAGAGCUUCUUAUAUCUGGGAAGUAUAUGAUUCAUAGUUUAAAUUUCUGAAUGGAAAUAUACAGUGAGACAUUAUACCUCUUCUAAUGAAUAAAUUCCGCAUUCUAGUGAUUAAUCAAAAUUCUUUUUUUUACUUAAUAAAAUUUUUCCUCCGUAACAAUUUUUCUGGCUGCCUAUCAUUUCCAUGUACAUCUGUUACCUGUCAAAAUUUAUUCUGAUUUUACUGGAAAUAUCUACACAAACUUCUCUAAAUACAGUCAGAUCUUUUGGAAGUGGGAUAAUGUCUCAUAUGAUGUCAAAAGUAUGUUCUGUUCUUUUUGAAAUGCCUUCUCUCUUUAUUAUUAUUAUUUUUUCUUUCUUUAUUUUGGUGCAAUGUGUUCAUGCCAAGGCUAUGUCUUGGUCAAGUAUGGUUGAGUACAGAGAUUUAUGCAAGUUAUUUUUCAAAAAAAUAAAUAAAUAAAAAAUGGAUAUUACACUGGAAAAUUGAGUGUUA